AUGCAGCGACUGUGUGUGUGCAUGCUGAUCCUAGCGCUGGCUCUGGCCGCCUUCUCCGAAGCCUCUUGGAAGCCCCACUCCCAGCUACAGGACACACUCUCGGGUCCAGGGACCAACAGGGGCCUGGAGCCACACGGGCUGGACCAGCUGGGUCCCGUCUCACACCACCGAAGGCAGCUGGGGCCUCAGGGUCCCCCAGGUCUCAUAGAACUGUCCAAGAAGCAGGGGCCAUGGCUGGAGGAAGAGGAGGCAUACGGAUGGAUGGACUUCGGCCGCCGUAGUGCUGAGGAAGGGGACGAGCAUCCAUAG